AUGGAAGUGACAAGGUCAAAGAAAGGCAUUGUUGUCUCACAAUGGAAGUAUAUUCUAGAUCUCUUGAAAGAAACUAGAAUGAGUGGUUGUAAACCUUCUGAAACUCCAAUUGAGGCUAAUUCUAGACUUGGGGACGUAAAGAAUGGUGUUCCAAUAGACAUAGGAAGAUAUCAGAGGUUGGCUGGAAAACUGAUUUAUUUAUCACAUACUCGUUCAGACAUUGCUUUCACUGGAAGCUUAGUAAGUCAGUUUAUGCAUUCUCCAUAUGAAGAACAUCUUGAAGCUGUAUAUCAGAUUCUUCAUUAUUUGAAAAGUUCAAUCAUUGAUAGAAGGUCAACUUCUGGAUACUGCACAUUUGUUUGGGGUAAUUUAGUCACAUGGAGAAGUAAAAAGCAUAAUGUAGUUGCUAGAAGUAGUGCUGAGGCAUAA